GGCUCCGUGCAGCGCUAUGGCUCCCGAGCGGCACCCGCCGGCCUUUGAGGGCGCCGGGCAGGAGAGCGGGCUGCAGGUGUGGCGCGUGGAGCGGCUGGAGUUGGUGCCGGUACCGCCCAGCCGCCAUGGGGACUUCUUCGUCGGGGACGCCUAUCUGGUGCUGCACACCGUCCGCCGCGGAGCCGCCGUCGCCUACCGCCUGCACUACUGGCUCGGGAAAGAAUGUACCCAGGAUGAGAGUACAGCUGCAGCUAUCUUCACUGUUCAACUGGAUGACUACUUAGGAGGAAAGCCUGUACAGAGCAGAGAAAUUCAAGGAUAUGAAUCUAAUGAGUUUGUGAGCUAUUUCAAAGGAGGAAUUAAAUACAAGGCAGGUGGUGUUGCCUCUGGAUUUAAUCACGUUGUUACUAAUGAUCUGAGUGCCCAGAGGCUUCUCCAUAUCAAGGGCCGGAGAGUUGUGAGAGCCACAGAAGUCCCCUUGACUUGGGCCAGCUUCAACAAAGGAGAUUGUUUCAUUAUUGACCUUGGAAAUGAGAUCUAUCAAUGGUGUGGCUCUUCAUGCAACAAAUACGAGCGCCUGAAGGCCACUCAAGUUGCUGUUGGCAUUCGGGACAACGAACGAAACGGGAGGUCCAGAUUAAUUACGGUGGAAGAGGGCAGCGAACCAGAUGAGCUUAUAACGGUCUUAGGGGAAAAGCCAGAGCUUCCUGAAUGUAGUGAUGAUGACGAUGAGAUGGCUGAUAUUGCAAAUCGGAAGAGUGCUAAACUCUAUAUGGUGUCAGAUGCAAGUGGAUCCAUGAAGUUGUCAGUGGUAGCAGAGGAAAACCCUUUCUCUAUGGCUAUGCUUUUGUCAGAGGAAUGCUUCAUCCUGGACAAUGGUGCUGCAAGGAAGAUCUUUGUGUGGAAAGGCAAAGAUGCUAACCCACAGGAAAGAAAGGCUGCCAUGAAGAAUGCUGAAACAUUCGUACAGCAGAUGAAUUAUCCUGCCAACACACAGAUUCAAGUGCUUCCAGAAGGAGGUGAAACGCCAAUUUUCAAACAAUUUUUCAAAGACUGGAAGGAUAAAGAUCAAAGCGAUGGCUUCGGCAAAGUAUAUGUCACAGAGAGAGUGGCUAAAAUUGAGCAGAUUGAAUUUGAUGCUACCAAGUUACAUGAGUCUCCACAAAUGGCUGCACAGCAUAACAUGAUAGAUGAUGGCUCAGGGAAAGUACAGAUCUGGCGUGUGGAAAGCAGUGGCAGAGUUCCUGUGGAACCCGAAACGUAUGGACAGUUCUAUGGUGGUGACUGUUACAUCAUCCUAUACACAUAUCCUAAAGGGCAGAUCAUCUACACAUGGCAAGGAGCCUGUGCUACAAAAGAUGAACUGACUGCAUCUGCAUUUCUGACUGUUCAGCUCGACCGGUCAUUGAAUGAUCAGGCUGUGCAGAUUCGAGUCAGUCAAGGCAAAGAACCUCCCCAUUUACUGAGCCUGUUCAAAAAUAAACCACUUACUGUCUACAAGAAUGGAACAUCCAAGAAGGAAGGUCAGAAACCUGCUCCACCCACACGGCUCUUCCAAAUACGCAGGAACCUAAUGUCCGUUACCAGGAUUGCUGAGGUUGAUGUUGAUGCAAUGUCACUGAAUUCCAAUGAUGCCUUUGUUCUGAAACUUCCAAACAACACUGGUUACACCUGGGUGGGAAAAGGAGUAAACAAAGAAGAGGAACAAGGAGCUCAAUACAUUGCCAGUGUUCUUAAGUGCCAGACUGCUAAGAUUAAUGAAGGCCAGGAACCAGAGGAAUUCUGGAAAGCACUUGGAGGUAAAAAAAAAUAUCAGACUUCAUCUCAGCUUUUGACAAAGGCUGAAGAUCAUCCUCCUCGCCUGUUUGGUUGUUCUAAUAAGACCGGCAGAUUUAUUAUUGAGGAGGUCCCAGGAGAAUUCACUCAGGAUGAUUUGGCUGAAGAUGAUGUCAUGUUACUAGAUGCUUGGGAGCAGGUUUUUGUCUGGAUUGGGAAAGAAGCUAAUGAAACUGAACGACAGGAAUCCGUUAAAUCUGCCAAACGCUAUAUUGAAACAGACCCUUCUGGCAGAGAUAAGGGGACCCCCAUCGUUAUAGUGAAGCAGGGGCAUGAGCCCCCAACCUUCACGGGCUGGUUCCUGGCUUGGGAUUCCAACAAAUGGAAAAACUGAGCUACCCAAGAGAGCUUCAGCUUCAAGCCAAAGAAUCAUGAGUGCACAACUAUUUUCUAGUAUUUUUAAGCAUAAGCUUAUGCAACAACAUGAUGCAGAUCUUGUUACCCUUUGCUGAGCUUUGAUAUCUUUAUAUGAAUAACUUAGCGGUUCUCAGUGCUGGAUAGGAUGAAUGAUAAUUGUCAAGUGAGGUGGGUGGGGCUUUUCACGUAGGAAAUAUGCAACCUAUGAAUUCUUCACAAAAGUGGACCAGUUUAUUUUACUUUGCAAAGAUGGGCCAAAUUCUGCCUUCCCUUAACAAUUCAAACCAAUGCCAAAGAAACUCCUUUAGUGUAAAGACAGCAUAAUUUUGUGCAUAAUUUGGCUGGUGUAGAAUUUCAGACAAUGCCUGAUGCAGAGCUUUGUCUUGCAAGGGGCAAACAAGAGAUGAGUAUUUUGACACAGCUGUUCUUAACAUGUCUGUUUGCUGUCCUUGGUCUAGAUAUUAUAAUUGGAGCUUAGGAUUGUACACUUGUAAGAAUAUGAAGGUGUUUUGUGGUGCGUAGGGUUUUUUUUUUUUUUUAGAUUCUAUCUAAAUCAUUUUAAUGGAUUUUAGGUUUCUCUAUGCAAACCAGCCUCCAGCUCCACAUCUUUUUAACUGAAGCUCUCACGCACAUUUUAGGGAACUACUUUUCAGUGGAAGCAGAAGUAACAGCUUCAAAAAUACUUACUCUGCCUUAACCAGACCGCACUUAAGCCAUACUUUGCCUUGAUUGCCUUACUCAGCAGUCCCUCGUGCUUUCAUGGCAUGUAAUUUGUUCACAUUGUCAGGUACAGGAUAUGUUUCCAACUCAUUUUCUAAACAGGUCUCAGUCAAAUAUCAGCAUGGAAACUGCUUUUUUCAGCAGCAUUCCUGGGAAUUUGGAGUAUGAGGAAGCACCACAUAAGUUUCUCUCAGACACAGCUAUUUGGGAUUUCUUUUUUUGUAUUCUGGUGAAUUUAAGAGCAUAUCUUCAAAGUAUGUUUUUUUAAGUUGUAGCUUUGCCAGAAAAGUCUCCUUAAGGGCAUUAGGAAAAAUCCUGCUACAAAUCUAUAGCGCUGCUUUAAGCAUUUAUCCUAGAAUGCUUGUUUUAAACAAUUUGUACAGCAGUAAAUCAUGUUAAUGUGGCUUUUUAACGAAGGCUUUUCAACACUUUUGUUGUUCUCAUAAGAUAGUUUGGAAAGUGAACAUUUUAGUUAUUUUUUACUUUUUAUGAUUGUGAUUUUGAAUCUGAGUUAUGCAAAAGAGUGAAUUUUAUCUGAGCUCAUAAUAACAUUGACAAAAACUAAAGAGAAGCUAAGUCAAUUAAUUCAGGGAGUUUUUUCAGCCUUAAACAUUCAUUUAGAUCCUUUCUUAAAUAACUGGGCUGUAUCUGGAUGUCAUUUCAUUUAAAAUAAAAUUAUGAAACAGUA